AUGGAGUUCACCAGUCUCCCUCCCGACGACUUGGAGCAGCGCUUCUCGGUGUCUGGAGCUCCCUUCAACGCUACGGGCUCCGGGGGUCUGGGCUCCGGGGGUCUGGGCUCCGGGGGGCUGCUCUCUGCGGCCCCAGGAGGCAACGGGACCGGCGGGGACAGAGGCAGGACCGGGGUCGUCCUGGCCGUCUGCAUCACGGCGCUCUACUCCCUCAUCUGCGUGCUGGGACUGCUGGGAAACGUGCUGGUGAUGUACGGGGUGGUCAGAUAUACCAAGAUGAAGACGGCUACCAACAUCUACAUCUUUAACCUGGCUCUGGCUGACGCUCUGGCCACCAGCACCCUCCCUUUCCAGAGCGCUAAGUACCUGAUGGGGACGUGGCCCUUUGGCCAGCUUCUAUGUAAAGUGGUUAUUGCCAUCGAUUACUACAACAUGUUCACGAGCAUCUUUACGCUCACCAUGAUGAGCGUUGACCGCUACAUUGCAGUGUGUCAUCCAGUAAAGGCGCUGGACUUCCGCACGGCCGGCAAAGCAAAGAUCAUCAAUGUUUGCAUCUGGAUCCUCUCCUCUGCUGUCGGAGUGCCCGUGAUGAUUGCAGCCGUAACCAAGGAGACAGAUACAGGCAGCACUGCGUGUACACUCAGGUUUCCAAACCCAGCGUGGUACUGGGACACCUUGACAAAAAUCUGCGUGUUCAUCUUUGCCUUCGUGGUGCCCGUCCUCGUCAUCACCAUCUGCUACGGUCUGAUGAUUCUGCGGCUGAAGAGCGUCCGUCUCCUGUCGGGUUCUAAGGAGAAGGACAAAAACCUGCGGCGCAUCACACGCAUGGUCCUGGUGGUCGUAGCUGCUUUCAUCUUCUGCUGGACCCCCAUUCACAUCUUUAUUAUCGUUAAGACCGCAGUGAAAAUUGACAACAGGAACCUCGUGGUGAUCGCCUGCUGGCACCUGUGCAUCGCUCUAGGCUACAUCAACAGCAGUUUGAACCCUGUGCUGUAUGCCUUUUUAGAUGAAAACUUCAAGAGGUGCUUCAGGGAUUUCUGCCUGCCCUAUCGCAACAACUCGGAGCAGAGCAGCUUCUCCAGAGUGCGCAAUAGUGCGAGGGAACCAGCUUCUGUUUGCGCACCUGCAGUGCCACACAGAGCCACGGCCUGACUGACCACGAACCACUCAGAGGGGAGAGUCCAGAUGGAGCUCAAGACGCCGCUGACACAGUCCUCCACCACAGGAGUCCCCCGAUGGCUUACACUGCCCUCCAAUCAAGCCAUGGAUUGGAUAUGAAUUAUUAAACACAUAGUCAGCGGACUCAAGAAUACUUCCGAGUGUUCUGGCUGCACCUCAGCACAAUUUAAGGAUAUUUUUUUCAGCUUUUACAUUUGUAGUUUUUCGCAUCCAUAUUAGUUGAACAUUUGGAUUUUCUAAUGAUGAAGUUGUCAGUAAUAACUUGAUGUCAAGUGGGCAGAAGAUGUCACUAACGUGUCUUUUUAUGGCCAAGCGCUGAUCAUUAGUCUCGUACAUGUUGAAGACCGGAAUGACUCAGAAAAUCCUGUGACAGGAUUUUCACUCACUCAUCUGGCCAAAGAGCAGAAGGCAAGAUACUGAAAAUACUGUUUGUGGCUCAGUAAUUGUGCAGUUUUAAGACUGAAUUGCCCAUAUUGUGACUCUGUUUAUGUGCGUGCUUGUUCAUAAAGUAACUUUCCAGUCAAUCCAUCAGUGGAUUAAAGACCGCCUCUCCUGAGCUGUGAACCAUAAAAGUGAGAUAACUGCUUUUAUGGAACACAAAACUGAUACAUUGCCACGUUUAAACGUUGCAUCAAAGUGGUUUGCCAACAGCUCAUUACACUUCAACAUUUCCAAGCUGUGGCUGUGCUGUGGGCUGUGUUUCUGACAAUCUAACAAGUUUAAUUCAAUUAAUUCACUCUUGUGAGUGAAUGUCUUUUGUAUGGAGGCACCGGAGCGCCAAAAAUCUCUAAACAAAUAAGAAGACAAAUGUUGAAAAUAUACAAAAGUUGCACUAAAUGACUAUCAUGGUUAAAAUAAUUCAAAAUAAUGACAUCAUUAUGCUGAAAUAUAAGUUUCUCUCUCUUUUUUAGCACACAAAUCACAAAUAUAAAGUUGAGAGACCGUCUGUAACCAUAAUUGUACAAAACUCUACAAAAUAGAAGGUUGCACACAAUAAUACUGAGAUAACUCUUAUUUCUAAUUAUUAUUGAAAUCAAAUGUGGUUUUCUGUAUCCAUGUUUUAUCAUGCUUUUUAAUAUUAUAUAUUUAUAUUACCACAUUUCAAUUUUAAUUUUACUUUUAUUUAUUUUUUUGUGGAACAAAA